AAGAAGAUAUAUAUUUACAUUCUAUAACACAUCUUUUCCACAUAAUAAAAACUCAUGGACACUCUUAUAAUGGUAUCGAUCAUGACCCUAGUGCUCUUUGUUAGCUCUGGAUCCGCACGUGCCGCCACUCUUAUCGUAUCCAACCAGAUGCAGAGACGUGCUAAUGUUCCCGUCUUCGUGACGUGCCAGGGCUCAAUUCCUAGGAUGUCUAAACCCAUACCUUUGGGUCAAGUCUCGUUGAUAAAGAUCCCAACCACUAGCGGAAAAAAUGCGACUGAUGAUAUCCCACCCACCGCUGAAAAAAACGAUAAACCGGCGAGACCUAGAGUGUCGCAGCGGACGUCUUGCGAAGGAACGUUUUGGGGUGAAGCACAAUUCGUGCCCUCUUUGAGGAUGUACCGUUUGUACGAUUCGGACACUGAUUCUGCGGUGCGUUUCGUUGUUGCAAAAGAUGAUGGGUUUUACUGUUGGAACAAUGACAAGAAUUAUUGGCACAAGUGUCCUAUGAUCAUUUUCAUCUAAUUGCUCCAAAUUUACGUUUCAAUUUCAAAUGUUAUAUUUUCGUAUACUACACAUAUUGUUAACAUUUGAUAAAUUAACCCAUUAACGUAAACAUUAUCUUGGAAAUGAAAUUUUGUGGUUACUGAAAUUUACUUGAGAAACACUCUAAAAUAGCAAUAAAAAAAUUUUGUUCACAAAAAUAGACCACAAGAAAGAAAAUGACCAAAAUAUUUUAUUGAAGAGGUAAAUAUACAUUUACACUCAUAGAGUUAACUAAUCCAAAUCUUAGGGUUUAGAUUUAAGGAGUGGAAAUUUGGGAUUGAGGUUUAAAAUUUUAUAAAAUAAAAAAUAAAUAUUAAAAAUUUUAAAAUAAAAAUUUUAAAAAUAGUUUCAAAAAGUAUUUAC